CAUGACGAGGAGUUUUCACGUUCCAGUGCGCUGCGCAAAGCUUUCAGAUAGUGGAUUGGAAGUGACGGUGACGAACUUCAGUAGCUUGUUUGGUUUGCAGUAAUGGACAGGGAGCCCCUCUCAGUCCUUUGUACUCCUGCUAUGGUGGUCGAUGUGGACAAAGUGAAGAAAAAUGCCCAGAGGAUGAUUGAAAAGUGUGAGAAGCUAGGAGUUAAGCUUCGCCCACAUAUGAAGACCCACAAAACCAUUGAGUGUGCUGACAUAAUGACGGGGGGUUCACGACGAUGCAUUGUGGUUUCCACCCUGGCAGAGGCCUGCUUUUUUGCUGACCAUGGAUUCGAUGACAUCCUCUAUGCUUACUCUCUACCUUUUGAUAAGGUGGAGCGUUGUGCUAUCUUGUCAGAGAGACUGGAGCUCUUUCAAGUUUUACUGGACCAUCCUGAUGCUCUGGAGCAGCUCAAAAAACGACCACUCAAAGGCGGUCGACUGUGGCAUGUCUGGUUGAAACUAGACUGUGGCAAUGGCAGAGCCGGCAUCCUGCAUUCAGAACCUGAGGCGCUCAGACUGGCGCAAUCCAUUGCUGAAGCGGCAGGUGUGCAGCUAACUGGAGUUUAUGCUCACUGUGGAAACACCUAUAACUGCAGAGGAGUCCAGGAAAUUCAGACUGUUGCGAAGGACACCACCAGAUUUACUCUGCAGUUCAUGGAAAAGUUAAAGAUUGCUGGCAUCACCUGCAAGUCCAGCAUUGGCUCCACACCCUCCUGUAGUCACCCAGGCCAAGACAUGGCACAACUUAGCGAGGUGCAUCCAGGAAACUAUGUCUUCUAUGAUGUUCAGCAGUCUAUCAUUGGCUCAUGCAGCGUGGAAGACAUUGCUGUGCGGGUUUUAACAAGAGUCAUUGGCCACUGUCCUCACAGGAACCAGCUACUGAUUGACUGUGGUUGGACUGGGUUAAGUGACACUCUGAUGAAGGCAGAAGUAGUCGCCAAAACAUGUCAGUUUGGAUGGUGCUGGGAAACUUCCAACCGGAUAUGCUGUAAUCGAAGGGCAUCCGGACCUCAAACUGUUGUCCAUGACUCAGGAGCAUGGAAGAGUGGAGCCCCUUUCAGGAAAGCUGGAUUACAGCAUGUACCCACUGGGUUCUCUGCUCACACUGAUUCCAUACCAUUCAUGUGCAACAGCAGCGAUGCAUCCUGUGUAUCAUGUGCACUCAGAGGGCAUUCUCACGGGCAAGUGGAAACCAACACGUGGAUGGUGAACAGAUGUAAAUAUCGGAUACUUGCAAUAGUUAACCUGUAUAGUAAUUUGCUAGCAGAUACAUGUAGAUAAUGUAGUUCUUGUUUACUAACAAAGUAAUUCAGGCAUUGCAAAUGUCUAAAUGACCAUGGCUUUUGGUUUGAUUUUGUUAUGUUAGAUAGUGCAGUAGAAUAUCUACUUGUAAAUAUGUGAGUGUAAAAUGCAAGUAAAGGCCAAUUGCAAAACAAUGACUUAAACAUUUUAUCACGCGCUAUAUAGUGUGUAUCAGUUCUAAUGGAUAUACUUUAUGAACAAAAAUAAAAAGAACUUUUGACU